GCGCAGGCCGUCUCCGAGGCGCGGCGCUGCCGCCUCCUCAGCGAUGACAUGGCCGCUCGCGGCGCACUCAGCGGCGGCAUGGCGGCGGGCGCUCGCCCUCCGGCCGCGCAGCGCAGUGUGUUUAGCCGCACGAGAGAUGCUGAACACAUAGCAGAAAAUGGAUGCUGAACAGCAUAAAGCAAAGACUCCAGGAAAAGGAAAAUCAGGGGUGCAUAAGUGCUAAGAUUUCAACUAAACUUCAUCAGUAGGAAAAGCAUCACACAAACCCUACAUUCAGUACAACUUAAGGAGAUGUUUGUCAGAGCUGUGACAAGAACUCCCAAGCUUAUACUCAGAUCAUGCCUCUUUCAUGGCUGCACGAAAGACACAGCUGAAGAGCAACCUUCUUUCCUCUCCACCAAGCAGAGAUGUCUGCAGAUCUCUACUUCUGUGUAGUGCUACUCCCCCAAAGGCACGCUGUGAUCAACACGAGGUGAACCUUUGUCUUCACCUGGGGAUUACUUACCUUGACCAUGCAGGCUCAGCACUUUUCCCAGAGAGUCUACUUAAAGCUUUCACCGAUGACCUCAGAGACAAUGUUUACAGCAACCCUCAUAGUCAGAAUAUCAGCAGCAAGCUGACAUAUGACACAAUCGAGCAUGUCCGAUACAGAAUAUUGCAACACUUCCACACUACUGCUGAAGAUUACACUAUCAUUUUCACUUCUGGGUGCACAGCUGCACUUAAACUGGUAGCAGAAGCAUUCCCUUGGAUACCUGAAGGCACAAAGCAGCCCAGCAGUCGAUUUUGUUACCUAACUGAUAGCCACACAUCUGUUGUGGGUAUGAGGGGGAUAACUGUCUCAAUGAAUGUGUUAUCUGUUCCAGUAGAACCAAAGGAAAUGUUGUUAUCAGAGAAAAACAGGUUACCACCUGAAGAACAAAACUGCACGACACCUCAUCUUUUCUCUUAUCCAGCUCAGAGCAAUUUCUCUGGUAUCAAAUAUCCCCUUUCAUGGAUACAGGAUAUAAAAUCUGGAAAACUCUGCCCCAUCAAAAUACCAGGGAAGUGGUUUGUUCUACUAGAUGCAGCUUCUUAUGUAAGCACUUCUCCGCUAGACUUAAGAGUUCACCAAGCUGACUUCGUCCCUGUCUCAUUCUAUAAAAUCUUUGGGUUCCCUACUGGUUUAGGAGCGUUACUGGUAAACAACCGGAUUGCCCCCUUCUUGAGGAAAACCUAUUUUGGAGGUGGAACUGCAGCUGCCUACCUUGCAGGAGAGGAUUUUUACUUCCCACGAAAAUCUAUAGCAGAAAGGUUUGAAGACGGCACAGUCUCUUUUCUUGAUAUCAUUGCUCUGAAACAUGGAUUUGAUGUUCUGGAAAGACUCACAGGUGGAAUGGAGAACAUAAAACAGCAUACAUUUGCAUUAGCUCACUAUACUUAUACUGUGCUGUCUACCUUAAAAUAUGCCAAUGGGGCGCCUGUAGUACAUAUUUAUAGUGAUACAGAUUUCAGCAGUCCUGAUGUCCAGGGUCCAAUCAUUAAUUUUAACAUGCUGGAUGAAAAUGGAGAGGUGAUCGGCUUUUCACAGGUGGACAAGAUGGCCAGUCUCUACAACAUACAUGUCCGCACAGGUUGCUUCUGUAACACGGGGGCCUGCCAGAUGCAUUUAGGUAUAAGCAAUGAGGACAUCCGAAGAAACCUGCAGGCUGGUCAUAUAUGUGGAGAUGAUAUAGACCUGGUUGAUGGACGUCCCACUGGUUCUGUGAGAAUAUCAUUUGGCUACAUGUCUACUUUUGAAGAUGCACAGACUUUUUUGAAAUUCAUCAUAGCCACCAGAUUCUCCAAAUCAGACACUGAGGUUCCCUUCCAAUCCUCUGUUACAAAGCUGACAACAGAGUCUGUCAGAUCUCCAGUUCGGGAUGACUGUCCUUCCUGUGACAAUGCAAAUACAUUGGCUCCAAGAGUGCACAUCUUAGACAGAGACCUCUGGGAGAAUUCAUCUGCAGCAAUGAAGACUAUCGAUUGGCAGCCACCAGCCACUGCGUCGGAAAGCAUAAGGGCAGCUGUUUCUGAGACUGCAGUACCAACAUGUAGAAGAGGUGGCAAACCCAUUACUGUCACCAACAUUUACCUGUAUCCAAUCAAAUCAUGCUCUGCAUUUGAGGUUGCAGAAUGGCCAGUAGGAAACCAAGGUUUGCUAUAUGACCGUAACUGGAUGGUUGUAAAUCAGAAUGGAGUUUGCAUAACUCAGAAGCAGGAGCCAAGGUUGUGUCUUGUAAAUCCUUCAAUUGAUCUGAAGCAAAAUAUUAUGGUAAUUCAGGCAGAAGGCAUGGAUCCAAUAUCCUUACCGCUAGAAGAAAAUACUGGAAAAGAGGCUGUGAUCUGUGAGAGUAAAGUCUGUUCACACAGGGUAAAAACAUAUGACUGCGGGGAGAGAAUUGCUGACUGGUUAUCUAUGUUUCUUGGUCGUUCAUGUCGCUUGAUAAGGCAAAGUUCAGACAUAAAAAACAAUAGGCAUCAGAAAAAUACAAAAGGUCUGGCACCUGCUACAAGCAUCUCGCUCUCUCUUGUGAAUGAAGCACAAUACCUCCUGAUAAAUGUAGCAAGUAUUUUGCAUUUGAAGGACCAUAUUUCUGCAAGACUAGAGGAACCACUGGAAAUAGAGGAACUAAUCCGACGCUUCCGUGCUAACCUUGUCAUCAGUGCUCCGGAGUCCUUUGAAGAAGAAGAAUGGGCUGAGAUUUCAAUAGGUUCUCUGCGGUUUCAGGUUGUGGGUCCAUGUAGCAGAUGUCAAAUAAUCUGCAUUGAUCAACAGUCUGGAGAACAAAACAAGGAAUUUCUGCAGUCUCUGUCUGCAGCCAGAGGUAGAAAGACAAACUUUGGCGUAUACCUGAUGAACCAGCCCUUGCACUCAUCAUUUCCAGAUAUUUUAUCUGUUGGAUCUCAAGUACUUCCAGUGUUGAAGGAGAAUCCUGAAAUUCAACCCCCACCAUCCAGUGAAGAAAAAUGUUCAGGAUAGCUUAUCUGGCGGAGAUGAGCCUUACAUGCAACGCUAGAGAAAAAAUUAGUAGUCAGUUAUUUAAAAAAAAGGAAGAAAAACCUUCCACUGAUUUGCUUCUGGCUUGAGUCUUUUAAUUUUCUGUUUGCUGUAAACGUUAUCAGAUGCCGGUACCCUUGAUAAUUACACCUUGCCUACAUGUUUUUUCUUGUGAUUAAGUUACAGCAACCAUAACUCUUUUUUGCUCAGUUGCUUCAGGAUGCAACAGGUUUGAUCAAGUUUUGUUGGAGGGUGGAUGGCUUCCAAAACAAGCCCAGCACUGUAGUCAGAAACCCACAUCUCAAUGAUGGAAAGUAAACACAACAAUACACUACUUCCUUAUGUUGUCUUGUUCAAAUUGCUUAAGGGAGAGAGGAUGCAGGACUUGCUUUAGAAACAGUAUGGGUGGGAAGAGGAGAAUGGAUGACAUGAGGACAUGAGGUUAGCAGUUCUUUCAACUUUUCAAAAAUUAAAUUGAAGGUGAAGUAGAGACAGUCUGAAAGCACAGGAGAACAGGGAACUGGUAAUGGAAAAUCAGUAUCUCCCUCCUGGGCAGGGGUGUGUGUGAGAAUGCCAGAAAAGUACAGAGAUGAAUGAAGAUUCAGUAUGCCAUUUGCGAAACACGUUGCCUGUAAAGUAACUUUGUCCAUUUGUUCUGGCCGCUUUUUUAUUCUUCCUCCUUUCUUCCUCCUUUCUUCCUCCUUUCUUCCUCCUUUCUUCCUCCUUUCUUCUUCUUCUUCUUUCUUCUUCUUCUUCUUCUUCUUUUUUCCCAUUUGCCACAUUUUCAUCUGAUUAUGUUUUUUUGUUUGUUUUAAACAAGUCCCACAGACUUGUUUUCUUCCUUAUUUGUGGAUAUUGAUGCAUUCUUUUUCCUAAUUAGAGAUUUCUUAACUAAUACAAACUCAUUUCAGUAAAAGCUUUGUUUAUCCUUAGCAGUCUCUAGCAGCCAAAAUACUGAGACAGCCACUUGACUCUUGAAAGUUUGGAUGCUUCUCCCUCCCAAACAGGUCAAAAUACUCUUUUUUUUCCUGUUCUUCAUGACAGUUUUUGAGCAUUUGAUACUGUCAUUCUUACAAGACCUUUGGUUUAUCUUCUCCCCUAAAUGGCACCCAUGCUUCUUGACAUCUGAGAGCAAAUGUCUGAAGUCCAGGACUUAGCCCGGAAAAUCAGUUCUCCUGAAAAUAAAUAAAUAAAUGAAACCACCCUACAGCAAAAAACAUAUGGAAUGUCAGUGUAAUGCAAAACUGAACACACUGAGGCCAGGUGUUUUCUGACCCCCAACCUGUGUCCAGCCAGGUCGAGGGCAAUUUCAUGCUUUCAGGAAGUCCUCCUGUUGAUCUAGCUGGUUGCUAUUGCCACAUGGCAAGUGAAAUUUUGGCCCGUUAAAAGCACUGUCAGAACUCUCAUCCAGCAUGAUUUAAGUCUUCCUUGGGGCAAUUUUGGCUCAAACUGUGUGAAAGUGCUUCUGGCUGAAGCAAUCCUUGAGUUGUUUGAGUUUUGAGUAUAGCCCUGAAGAUGAACAGGCAGCUUUCUGACAGAAUUGGUCAAACAGUCAUUCUGAAAAGGGAGUGAUUACCACAGAGUAACAUACAGUGGGCAAAGGGAAGUGCAUCACCCAGCGUGUGAAUCAGAAUUCAGAAAAUAUUCUUUUCUUUUUUCUUUUCUCUUUUUUUUUUUUUUUGAACUGGUUUUGCCCACUUCAGCUGCAACAGACUGCUAUUAGUCUCUCAACAGAGCUUUGUAAUGGAAAUGAGGAGAGACAUUAUCUGUUUCUUACAACCUGCCAUAAAACAUGUGGAAAGAGAGAUAUGUUUUUUGUGUAUGUAAACUGAGGAUCAGUUUUGAGAGCUGUGUAUUCCAUUUCUGAACCCAAGCACUGCUCCUUGAUGUUUGCUUUGAAAACCAUGGGUUUUAUCUGUCUAAUAGUCAUUUAUCUGAUGUUGUAAUGAGCAGGCUUUUUGCAACCUUGAAAAGCAGUUUCCUAGUAUCUAAAUCUCUUAACUGUUUCGCUCUUUGCCUUUCCGGUAUGCAGAAUAUUGUUUUGUUGGAUAGAAAGCUAGCAUAGCUCUAGCGCAUUUAAUAUGAAGAAACCUGCUGUAUGCUGACCUUCAGGUGAUCUCUGGUACUUUAUUCUGUCCUCUUCACCUCACCAGUAUGUCAUUUGUUUAAAAUGGCACAGGAGUUAGAAGAGGAAAUUGAAAGCAAACAUCAGCAAGCUCUGUUUCACUUGUUAUUGUUAUACUACAAAAUAAGUCACUUUGGUACACAGUGGCUUGACAAAUACUGUUUUUGAGUAGCCUUAAUGCAAUGUAUGAUAACUAAGAAUGAGGGGAUUUGAACUUUAAAAAUGUCAUGCUUGGUCACAGGCAAUUACUCUUUCUCUUUUCUGCAGCCAAGUAAUAUUAGAACAAGAAUAAUUUUAUCAUUUUACAGGGGAAAAAAUCUCUGUGAUGUAUGAGCAUUUUCAUUAGUAUAUUCUGUGCAUUUCCCAGAAGGAACAUUCUUGUGCUACAGUGAUAUGAAGUGUCACAAUGCUUCAGAUUGAUGGAAGAGACAUAAAGAAUCUUUCAUCUCAACAAAAGACAAUGUUUGCCUUCUGUUAAGUGGAGUGUCCUCACCAGUAUUGAGAUGUUGUCUUCCCAUCAGUAAAGACAAAUUCUUCUGAAUACCAAUACUCCGUGGAAAAUCUUGCAGUAAGAAGACUCACUUUUAAAUGAUGUGGCUGUAAGUUUUGUAGAAGGAUCAUCACUUCCAUAAUGUGAAAAAAAUUCAAAGGAGAAGUUUAGCAUAAUACAGACCCACAUAUUGGAGGAAUUAAAAGAGUAUAAACACUUCAAAACACUACAUAUUACGUAGAGAGAUUAAAUGUUCUUUAAGUGGGUCACUUCUCAAUGUUUAGAGUAUAUAAAAAAAAGACAAUUUCAUAUGAAUGCAGACUCUUUCCCCUUGCUGCAAAAUUGAAUCUUUGGACUAAUUGCAGAUAUAUACAGAUGUUUACUUUCUAUGGGUAAAAAAAGUAUUAAUACAGUAUUUCCACAAUAUCAUACAUAGAAAGUCUUCUAGAUCUUUGAAAACUAAGUCUGUAUUUCCUUACAAUAAAUUAUUCAGACACAUUCCAUUUUCUGUGGGACUUAACUCCUUCUCAAAUCUCAAGGCAAAAAUGAUGAUUAUUAUAAGGUGUAAUAAUAGCCAAGAGGCUGAAAUCGCAGAACAGAAAUCAGCAUUUUCAGGAGAAGCCUCUGAACUUUGUGUUCUCUAAUAUGACUAAUAUAUUUCAGACACAGUUUAUGUUUUAUUUACUUUCAAUGGCAUCCUUUUAAAUAUGGUUGAAAUAGUAGGUCACCCUUCAGUCAAAAUCAUAUACAAAUCAAAGGAAGGACUGCUUAAGGAACUUGAUUGCUGUUCAUAAACUAUUAAGGUUAUGCUCUGCAUUUUUUCUUCAGUCUGGUUUUUAACUCUCUUAGAAAUGAGACCAAUAAAAUUUAUAUUUUGCUUGA